GGUUCUGGGAUAGUGAUGGAGACGCCCGGCGCUUCGGCCCGGGCGUUGUUGCUCUCCGCCGCGUCGGGGCCGCGGAGGAAGCGUGCGGCGGAGGAGGCAGGGGCUACGACGGGCAAACAGCGCGUUCUAGACGAGGAAGAAUACAUCGAGGGCCUCCAGACUGUUAUCCAGAGGGACUUCUUUCCUGACGUGGAGAAGCUGCAGGCACAGAAGGAGUACCUGGAGGCUGAGGAGAAUGGAGACUUGGAGCGGAUGCGCCAGAUCGCCAUCAAAUUUGGCUCUGCGCUGGGCAAGAUAUCCCGAGAGCCCCCUCCUCCUUACGUGACUCCAGCCACAUUCGAAACCCCAGAGGUGCACACGGGCCCCGGAGUGGUGGGUGCCAAAUCCCGGCCCCGCGGGCGAGGCCUGGAGGAUGGUGACGGAGAGACGGCUGAGGAGGAGGAGGAGGAGAAGGAGCCUCUGCCCAGCCUCGAUGUCUUCCUGAGCCGUUACACGAGCGAGGACAACGCCUCCUUCCAGGAGAUCAUGGAAGUGGCCAAGGAGAAGAGCCGGGCACGCCAUGCCUGGCUCUACCAGGCUGAGGAGGAGUUUGAGAAGAGGCAGAAAGAUAACCUUGCCCUCCCGUCAGCAGAGCACCAGGCCAUUGAGAGCAGCCAGGCGGGUGUGGAGACCUGGAAGUACAAGGCCAAGAACUCCCUCAUGUACUACCCAGAGGGUGUCCCUGACGAAGAGCAGCUGUUCAAGAAGCCUCGACAAGUGGUGCAUAAAAACACCCGCUUCCUCAGGGACCCCUUCAGCCAAGCCCUGAGCAGGUCCCAGCUGCAGCAGGCCGCUGCCCUCAAUGCGCAGCACAAACAGGGCAAGGUGGGUCCCGAUGGCAAGGAGCUGAUCCCUCAGGAAUCCCCCCGAGUGGGUGGAUUUGGAUUUGUUGCCACCCCUUCUCCAGCUCCUGGGGUCAGCGAGUCCCCACUGAUGACCUGGGGUGAGGUGGAGAACACCCCCUUGAGGGUGGAAGGGUCGGACACGCCCUACGUGGACAGGACACCAGGGCCGGCCUUCAAGAUCCUGGAGCCGGGACGCAGGGAGCGGCUGGGGUUGAAGAUGGCCAACGAGGCUGCUGCCAAGAACCGGGCUAAGAAGCAGGAGGCUCUUCGGAGAGUCACGGAGAACCUGGCCAGCCUCACCCCCAAAGGCCUGAGCCCGGCUAUGUCCCCAGCUCUGCAGCGCCUCGUGAGCAGGACAGCCAGCAAGUACACAGACCGGGCCCUGCGGGCCAGCUACACCCCGUCUCCAGCUCGCUCCACCCACCUCAAGACCCCAGCCAGUGGGCCCCAGACGCCCACAAGCACACCCGCUCCUGGCUCGGCUGCUCGAACCCCGCUCAGCCAGGACCCGGCCUCUAUCACGGACAACUUGCUGCAGCUCCCAGCACGGCGCAAAGCCUCGGACUUCUUCUAGGACCCAGCUCAAGCUGGGCAAAUGGAAUUGGCGUGGAGCCUGCGGGGCGGGCAGCCACCCAGCAGAGGACUCUGGCCUUCGGGGGACCCAGGCCCAGUCCCAAAGCAUUGACUCUCACGAGGGCUCUGGGAAGGUGCUGUGCCGCGGUCUGGCACCCGACACACCAGGCCUCGGGCGCCUCGCCGGGCCUUGCAGAGACUUUCCUGUGAGUCCCUCAUUAAAGGCCACCUGGGGCAGUCUGG